AUGACGUUUGAUAGCGGAUCACAGCAGUCUGUACUGCAACACCACCUGUCACAAGAGUCAGUGGACCAGUCAGCAGCACACGGCGGCGAUGCCUUUCUCCCUGAAACAUACCACUUUCCGACGCAUCAGUUGCGAGCUUUGCAGGACUCAAAGAAGAAGCCUCUGGUACUAGUUGUUUGUGGUUCUUUUAGUCCCAUUACCAUUAUGCAUCUCCGCAUGUGCGAGAUGGCCUUUGACUGGGUGCGCAUGGUGGAGGACGCCUAUGAGGUGGUAGGCAUGUACUUGUCCCCUGUGUCCGCUCAGGUUCUCGAUCAUUUCCGCUCGGAAAUCAACGAGGUCUUAGGCGGCAUCACAGAUGCAGAAGGCCAGUCGAAGAAGGCCGCACGCGUGGCCCUUUUAUGUGGUGCCGACCUAAUGCAGUCGAUGAGUACACCGGGUCUGUGGAGCCCUAAUGAUCUAGACCGCAUAUUAGGCGAAGGUGGUCUGUAUGUUGUAGAGCGGCAUGGCACCGAUCUGGAGGAGGCUAAGGAAGCGCUCAGCAGGUGGACAGACAAUAUCUCUGUGAUCCCACAGGGUGUGCCAAUAGAUUUGUCAUCCACCAAAGUGCGCCUGUUUUUGCACAAACAGAUGAGCGUACGCUACUUCGUACCAAAUCCAAGCUGGCUAAUGAGGCGCAUCCGGAUGCUGGAAGAACUGCUGGUGGCGCCAAUCUAUUCAAACGCGCCUGAGCUGAAGCGAUCAAACAUCGCUUUAUUCGGCGAGUGGAUCAAUACAGAAGACUCUUCUGUAGCCAUGGAAUCAUCUACUCCGCCGAAACAGCCCGUUUCCAUUGUCUGCGUUGGAAUGGCAGGCUCUGGAAAGACAACAUUUAUGCAACGCGCGAACGCAUAUCUACACAGCCAGAAGGAACCUCCAUAUGUGAUCAACCUCGAUCCUGCCGUUCUGAACGUGCCGUUCGAUAGUAAUAUCGACAUCCGUGACAGCGUCAACUAUAAAGAGGUCAUGAAGCAGUAUAAUCUAGGGCCAAACGGAGGCAUUCUGACGGCUUUGAAUCUGUUUUCUACAAAAAUCGACCAGAUUCUCAAUCUGCUUGAGAAGCGCGCAUCGCCUGAUGCAUCCGAGCCAGGAAAGCAGCCCAUAAAGCACAUAUUGGUCGACACACCCGGACAGAUCGAGGCAUUUGUGUGGUCUGCCUCUGGAACAAUUCUGCUUGAAUCACUUGCCUCCUCUUUCCCGACAGUCAUCGCAUACAUAAUCGACACACCACGUACAGCCAGCACCAGCACUUUUAUGAGCAAUAUGCUGUAUGCGUGCAGCAUCCUUUACAAGACGAAACUCCCUAUGAUAUUAGUGUUCAAUAAGACAGACGUCAAAGAUGCUGGUUUUGCUAAAGAAUGGAUGACGGACUACGAUUCGUUCCAGGCUGCACUGCGUGAGGAAGAGGACAGAAACGCAUUUGGUGGCGGGGAGGGUGGCGAUAGCAUGGGCGGCAGUGGAUACAUGGGCAGUUUGCUGAACAGCAUGAGCAUGAUGCUAGAAGAGUUUUAUGCCCACCUCAGUGUUGUCGGAGUGAGCUCGAUGACGGGGCAUGGAGUGGAGGAGUUCUUCCAGGCCGUUGAGGAGAAGGCAGAUGAAUUCAAGAGGGACUACCAGCCCGAGCUGGAGCGACGUAGGCGGGAGAGAGAUGGCCUGAAAAAGGCGGCACGCCAGAAGGAGUUGGACAAAAUGAUGAAGGGACUGAACGUCAAGUCGGAUGAGGAUGGUUUGCGAAACAGCAGGACCGAGAACGGCGACGACGACGACGGCGGUGCGGGUAGCCUCGGGAGCGACAAUGACGGAGAGGAGUCGGAUGAUGACGAUGCUGAUCCCGACGAGGAAUAUGACCGAGAGGGGCUCCAGUCGAGGUAUGAAGCAACUUUUUCGGAGCAGAAUGACCUGACUGCGGACAACGCCAGCUUCGCCAAGUAUCUGCAUUCGCAAAGGUAG